AUGCCGCGCCUCCCUCCGUCUCCCCUGAAACUCGUUCACCGCCACCCCUCAAUCAUGGACGACUCUCCUGUUUCGCCUGGAACACAGGGUGCCAAUGGAUUUGCUCUUCAAAGCCCUGGAUCCCCACGGACUCCUCGUUUGUCUGCGCCACCAUCACCACUCAUGCCCCGCCAAAACCUAGAAGCUAUGGACGAGUCUCACCGGAAGUCUGUAGAUUUCUCUACUGAAACAGGCGGCAGUGGUGGUCUAGGAAACCUUGCCGAUGAGUUGGCAGAUGCAUGGGAGCAGGAGGAAGAUGGAUACGGUUAUGCCUCGGGGCAAGAAACUGCCCGGACUGGGUCCCAGCAGAUGGAACAGAGCGACAGCGAAGAUGCUUAUAUACAAUCGGUUCACGAUAUGCACUCCGGAUCACCAGGGUCAGAGUCGCCAGCCGGGAACCGUUUGCGAGCUCCUCAUCUCCGACAACACCGACGUGCGGAGUCACACUAUGAUGGCUCAGACUAUGGAAAUGACUCCGACCUCGACGGGUCUGCGGACAUCUCCCCCGCUUUGGAAAGCCAAAUGGCAGAUAUCGAAAGUCUCGCGCGGCGGGGCAUUGAGAACAACGGUAGUGAAAAUGACCAUGUCAUCCAACGAACAGUCGAGUCACUCCGGGAUCUUGGUGGACAGAGCGGGAUUGAGAAUAGUGCAAUGCGACUCAUCACUGCACAUUCCUCCAUUACAUCGCAUCUCACCCACCAAACCCGCACCCUUCAGUCUCUCAUCCACCCAAUUCUCUUCUCGUCAUUCCCUCUCCUAUCCGAAGACGCCAUUGACUCCCUUAUACCUCUGAUUGACGAAGGCCUCCUUCCGAACCUCCCAUAUCCGUUCCCUGAACACUCUCGCCGCGAUUCAAGACCAACCACACCCUCUCAACCUGCAGCCAACCCACUUGCCUCCCUGCAAGCUCUUAUCUCUCAAACAUCCGACAUCACCCUUUCUCUCCGCAGUCUGAGUGACACUCUCUACGAGUCUCGCCAGUUAACCUCCACGGCCUCACGGCGCCUCAGAUCUGCCCGCGAACUCGUCUCCGAUCUACGACGCGAGGAGGAAAGCCGCGAAGAGGGCUCACGAUGGCUCGAGCGCGGCGACUGGGAUCGCCGAUUGAAGGAUCGUGAAGCCGGCAAGGAGUGCGCAGAUGUUGUCGGCGGUUUUGAGGCCGUGUGUGGUGAGUGGCGUGAGAAGCUGUUCGGGGCUGGCGCCGAAGUAGCUGCGGCAUAA